AUGUGCAAUAUCAAGAACUUUUGAGGUCUCGUGAAGAAGGUAUACAUACAUCCAUAUAUAGUGGUGCACCCACCUCCCAGCCUUAAUCAGAUGCGGCUCCAUUGCCUCACAAGGCUAAACGUGCCGUACAGAUCGCUGUCCACCCGCCAAACAUCCCUCCUCUAUCCUCUCUGCCAUCACCUCCGCUCCUUUUCCUCCAUCGACCGCCCAUUCCAAGAAGACGACGUCGUCCUCAUCCGCCCCGUCAACCGCCCCUCCGCCGACGGCAAGCUCCUCAAAGCCUUGAAGCCCGCCAAGUCGCAGAACGUUCACCGCGGCCAACUGCGCCAUGAGGACGUCAUCGGCAAGCGGCCGCGCGACGUGGUGCGGAGCAGCCGCGAGGAGGCGUAUCGGGUGUAUGCGCCGACGUUGGAUGAGUACGUGCGGUUGACGCCGCGGGAGGUGACGCCGAUCUACGCGUGCGAUGCGAAUCUCAUCGUGUCGUUGCUGGAUAUCCACGUCGAGCCACCCAGCGCCGAGAAUGACGCCCCGUUCGAGGUGCUCGAGGCUGGGACCGGCCAGGGAGGGUUGACGCUCCAUCUCGCGCGAGCCAUCGCCGCUGGGAACGCACCUCCACCCCCUCUACCACCACUAGCACUCGAAAUUGCGCACGAGCGAGCCCAACAGCCAGGAACCGACGCUGCUGUCCUCCCCCCAAUACACCCCUCCACCCCCUCCAUAUCAUCCGAACUAUCUCCUCCGCCAUCCGCCGAAACCCCCGAGCCUUCACCCCCUUUACCCCCAUCUUCAGAACCCCCUCCACCCAACCCCUCCGAAGUCUCCGACCCCGUCGCCGACCCCGCCACCCUCGCCACCCUUCAAACCUACACGCACUACAAAUCCACCCGCCACGCCAUCCUCCACUCCUGCGACCGCGCCCCCACCUUCCAAAAGCACGCCCGCAAAAUCGUCCGCACCUUCCGCCGGGGGAUCUACUACCCGCACGUCGAUUUCCACGUCUGCACGCCGACCGAGUACCUCGCGCGACGCUUCGACUCCCUUCCUACCCGAGAACCAACGGACGGAGACGGAGUUGUGGACCCGACGAUUUCCUCAUCCCUCGCCCUGUAUGCAACACUACCUGUACGAUAUUGUCAAAAACAGCGAGAUUUGUGUAAAAAUAUAUGUUCAUUAUUAAAGAUAGACAUGCGUGGGAUAUCUGCGCUCAAAGGAACUUAUGCCAAAGAAAUCCGUUCAAUAUCAGCAGCCCGAUAGAUUUUGGAGGUAUUUAUCAUCAUCGCAUCUCGCAAGGUCCCGUUCCAGGAAGGACCAUGUGAUGCAUUGCGCUUCCGUCGUCACCGACAAUCGGACUCCG